CGCAUAUAAAUCAGCAUGCAGGAUUCACUUCAUGAGAAGAGUACUUACUCUUCCCUCAAAAUCCUCCGUUUCUAUCUCCGGCGAACAACGGCCGGAGGCCACCGUCGACGGCGGCAGGAAGAGAUGGAGGAUGGAGUGAAAAUGAAGAGCUUCAGGGAUGAGGAUAUGGAGACCAGAAGAAUAUUCCUGAGGAGCUACCCUCUGCGAUGGGAUGAGGAAGAGGAAGAAGAAGAUCAAGAAGAAGAAGGUGAGAGCCCUCGAAAACAGGUGGCCUCAAGUAAAAAGCAACGAUACUUCAAAUUCAAAUCGCUUAUGAAGAGAAACUUCAUAACUGUGCUCCACUGGGGAGAAGGGAAGCUCCUGCUACUGAAGAAGAUGAAGAACAAAGUUGCCUUUUACCUUGUGGCCUGCCAUCCCUUUGGCUUCAAAACAUCUACCAAGUUUAUCACUGCAGCUUGAUUUUUUAGUUAAAAUCUCUUUCAGUAGCUGCUUUAAAUCUUGUUUCUGGUUCAGAAGAUACAGCUAUUUCUUGUUUUAUUUUCUUAAUGCUUUUCUCAGGUAUAUAUAAAUCCUAUGUAAACUAGUACUGUGACCUUUUCUGAUGGGCUUUUCACUAGGAACAUCUCAGUCCCUGUUUCUUC